AUCCUUUUUUUCUUCUUUUUUUUGAUUCGAUCACGCAUAAAGGACAGUCAAGUUUCACUUUCAUAACACAUUUUGUUAGAGUUUUGUUCGCCAAGCUCGUACUUUCGCCUCUCCUUCUCCGCCCCCGUUGGACCCUUUUCGGUCGGCCUGAAACAUCACCACUCUCUCUUUCUCUUUCUCUCUCUCCUGUCUUCCUUUCGUCUGAGACAAGCGACAUCAUUCUCAAUUAAACGACUAAAUCAGAAACUUCCAUAUGCAGCCUCCCCCCGACCUCGAAAUUAUACCAGUCGCUGUCGAUGAUGCCUCUUUGUUAACAUCUGCUUCUUCAACUGUCAUUAUCGAAAUGGCUUCCUCAGUUAUUGCUACGGCUACCUCCAUGACCACCUCUACAACCGCGUCGGCUACAUUUGUCUCGUCUGCCCCACCAACACCUUAUAGCGAAAAUGGCUCCGGCGGAGAGUGCUCAUUACUGGGCUCCUUUGCUCUUGUCGUACAAGGCGCACUCGGCGCUCUGGCGUUGCUCUCUCUCGUGUACAAACGAUGGAGAGAACGUCCUCAGCGACCUCUAAAGAUCUGGUUUUUCGAUGUCUCCAAGCAGGUCUUUGGUUCUGUGCUUGUGCACAUCGCCAAUAUCUUCAUGUCCAUGUUGACAAGCGGUCGCUUUUCGGUUCAGGUCGACCCGUCAGCAGCAGCCGUUACUGCGCGUUCUGAUGACGACUACGCUCCCAACCCAUGCUCUUUCUACCUCCUCAAUCUCGCCAUCGAUACUACCCUCGGUAUUCCCAUCCUUAUCAUUCUUCUCAAGGUUCUGACUGGUCUCGUCCGUUACACGCCCGUCGGCCAACCUCCCGAAUCUGUCCAGUCAGGAAACUAUGGUAGCCCGCCCAAUGUUGUAUGGUGGUUGAAACAAUCCGUCAUCUACUUCUGUGGUCUAUUUGGCAUGAAGGUUUGCGUCCUCAUCAUCUUCAUCAUGAUGCCCUGGAUCUCCAAAGCCGGUGACUGGGCGCUUGGCUGGACAGAAGGCAAUGAGAAGCUGCAGAUCGCGUUCGUAAUGAUGAUCUUCCCACUCAUUAUGAACGCUCUACAGUACUAUAUUAUCGACUCCUUCAUCAAGCUCAAGGAAACCGACUACGAAAAUGUCAAUGCCGAUGAAUCUGACGAGGUUCGACGCAGGAGAUAUGACGACAGCGAGGAUGAGAUUGCGCGCGCCAGACUGGUCGAUUCGGAGCACGAGACUGAUAGCGAGUCGGACGACGAGGUCGAUAAGCCCGCCGCGCGUUCUGGGCAUCCUUCUCGCCAACCCAACACCAAAAACUCUGGGGAAUACGAUCCUGAACGCGAUGGUGACGAUCGGACGAUCAUAGGAAGCAGCUCGAGUGGCCGGGGUCCAAAGGACAAGGUACCCACUGAGCUGUAUCCCAAGGAAUAGUGACAGACGAGCUAUUCCGCAGCAGCUUUCUUUCUUUUUGUUGGAUUUUCUUUAUUCGGUGGCGGCAUCGGUGUUUUUUGAGCGAUAUGUCUUGGUUUCAAGUUAUUGAAUUCUCUCACUAUUGGAUGGUGCACUAUGCAUUUGCACUUUUCAUGCUUGGGUUUCUUGAAGCGAACAGUGGAAGAAGGCAGGAUUAGAACGUAAAUAGUGACCUAGGGCGUUACGAGAUGGGUUCAUAUUUUGGUAUUAGAAGCGACUACAAUUUCAUUUUCAAUACGGCCUUGAUUUGGGCAUAUACCUACAUGUCAGAGUGUCACAAUGCGAUAGGUAGGAUAUUCCAACUUCAACCACCGCCUGACGUUGUCACCCAUUCAUAAGCUUCAUAGAAACCUCAGACAAAAAUAUGCGAGAUGGAGGUCACACAUUCUGAAGAACUGUACAUGCUAUGCUCAAGUCAUGUCGUCUGAUGCACGAAGGCGAGAAGAGAACAGAUGUUAGCUACGUUACUCGUAUCAAGCUCUAUGCCAAUUCAUCUUAUAGCUAACAGCGAGAUCUAUGCUUAAAUUGCCCGUGGGCAUCUCGCCAAAUAGCGAGAACAAGAAGUACAUCAUUGGGUUCCCAACCAAAACCGACAGAGGAUUUGGACCCGUAUCCUAAUGAGUGCCAUGUAGACCAACCAUAAACGCCUAUGCAUAGAAAACCAAGUCAAACCCCUUAAACCAAGAUUCAAAAAACAACUCCAUGGCCAGAAAAUGCCGAAACAAGUAGCGAACGCCUUUGUUUUCCUUCAGUUCAUAAUCUACUCUAUGGUUGGUAUGGCUUGAAACCUGGGUAAGGCUGCUGAGGCUCGUAACUGCCAGGCGAUUGAGACUCAAGCAAUUGUUGCCGUUGAGGUACAGGACGAGGACCAUAGUUGGCAUCAGGGCCUGGUGGCGGUGUUCGGUAGUCGUUCAUAGGAGCAGGUGAGUGACGGAGUGGCUGAGCAUAGCCAAAAUCGUUCUGGGAACCAGGUGAUUGACGGGCAGGUGAACCGUAACCAUAAUCGUCAGGGAUUGCUGGAGACCGUCGUGGAGGCAUAUUUCCAUAAGAGCCAAAUUCAUCCUGGUGCAUUGAGAGUCGCUGGGCGGGACGAGGUGAAGGGCUUGCACAAUAUCCUCCAUAGUUUGCUGCGUAAUCCUGAGGUGAGGCACCUUGGCCGUAACUUUGGUUUUGGCCAUGUCCCUGCAUCUGUCCGAAUCCCGGAGCUUGUUCGAAUCCUUGAUCGUGGCCGUAGCCUUGGUUUCCAUAUGCAUUCUGACCUAAAGCUGGGGAGCGACGUUCAUGUGGCAUGGGGGCGAUAGCAGCAGGAGCAUAGACUUGAUUAGGUGGGGGAGGCUGGUAGCCAUAACCUUGCUGGUCAAGCGGCGAGUAAGGAUCGGUAGGUUGGCUAGAGCCUAGGUAGCCACUGGAGUUGCCUUGAGGUUGGCUGUAAGGAGUCCCAGCCAUACUGUGUUGACUGGGAGGUGGUUUAGAGAGCGUAUCUAGCUCAACAGCCUCGGU